UACAUCUGAACAACAACGUGACAAUAUAUUAGGUAAUGUACUUGAAGUUACAUCAAAUGGUAGUGAAACUUGGGAGCGCUAAGAUGUUGGGAAUACCACUUUUGGCUCUAGUCUUGGGCUAUGCUGAAGCCAGGGUCCGGGUAGAUCCCUUGGUGCAAACUGGCCAGGGUCUGAUCAGAGGUUUGGAGGCGGAGGAUGGAGAUUAUUCCAUGUUUAUGGGAAUUCCCUAUGGAAAAGUCAAGGCAGAUAACCCUUUUGGGGCAGCGGAACCAUAUCCAAAAUUUGACCAAAUUUUCAAUGCCAUUGACGACAGCGCGAUAUGUCCUCAGAGGGAGGAGUUCAACAACACCCUCACAGGAACCCUAGAUUGCCUCCACCUCAACAUCUACGUCCCCAACAAGGCUAGUUCUGGAAACAAAGUACCAGUUCUAGUCUGGAUUCACGGGGGAGGUUUCGCCAAUGGCUUCGCCGGCAGGUAUACCUUUGGUCCAAAAUUCUACGUCAGAAACGACAUUAUUUUAGUUACUAUGAACUAUAGAUUGGGUGCAUAUGGAUUCAUGUGUCUGGACACACCAGAUAUACCAGGAAACCAGGGGUUGAAAGAUCAAAGAUUAGCUUUGAGAUGGAUUAAAAGUAACAUAGCAUCCUUUGGUGGAGAUGUCAACAAAAUAACUCUAAUGGGGGAAAGUGCGGGUAGUGUUUCAGUAGAAUUACAAUUAAUGGCGAAACAAGAGAGGUUAUUCAACCAAGUGAUUUUACAAAGUGGCUCAGCGUUCGGACCGUGGGCUAUUGGUUCAUCGGAUGUAACAGCACCUUUGAAGUUAGCUGAAAAAUUGGGACAUGCAACGGAAGAUUUGGGCGAAGCAAUAGCAUUCUUAGCGGAAGCAGAUCCUAAAUUAGUUAUAGCAGCAACUAGUGAACUGUUCAUUGGUUUUGGACCAUGUUUGGAGAAGGAAUUUGAUGAUGUAGAGAGUAUUCUUACAGAACAUCCUUUAAUAGCUGAGAUGGCGAAUGUCAGGAAUACUAAAGUGUUGGCUGGAUUUAACAAUAAAGAGCAGUUGGUGGCUUAUGCUGACAGACCAGCAAGUUCUUUCGAAAAUUUGAAUGUAUUUAGCUCUAUAAGAGGUUCUUUUAUAAUCGAUGACGAAGAAGAUACUUUUCAAUCUAUGGAGGACAUUGUUCGUCGGUUUUACAUAGGAGACGAGGAAGUGACAGAAGCUGUCCGAUGGAACCUGAUGGAGUUUGAAUCGGACUGGUUCUUCAACUAUCCGGCUCAGUGGUCCAUCGACAACUACCUGGAGAAACGCGCUUCGGAUAUCUUCUACUAUGUCUUUUCUUACAGUGGCGGAAGGAAUUUCGUAAAGAGUCGGUUCAAUGUGACCGCGGAAGGCGCCUCGCACGCUGAUGAGCUGGGCUACCAGUUCGACAUGGGGCUAUUCAAGGAGACACCCUCCGCUGAAGACCAGAGGAUCAUCGAUCAGGUCACCACGCUCUGGGCUAACUUCGUUAAAUACGGAGAACCAACACCAGAAACUUCAGAGCUGUUACCCGUCAAAUGGACCCCAGUAACUAAGGACACAUACACAUACAUGGAUCUGGACAAACAGCUGUCAGUCAAGAGGCGCCCCUACAGCGACAGGAUGGCCUUCUGGCAGCUGUUCUUCAAGAGCAACUGGCAUAGGCUGAAGGCUAUUGGCAUCUAUUAUAAGUAACUUUGAGACAGUGUAAAUAAAGAGCUUUAGUUUA